AAAGGAGAGAGGCCGUCGUGAUGAGAUCCCAACUUCAAUUUCAAUUUCGCUAAAAGCUUUUAAUUGCAAUUUCCAUCUGUCGUCUCACCGGAGGAUCAAAACGUGCUCCGAAUCUCUCCUCUUCUCUUCUCUUCCCCCAAUAAGGUCACGCAAAAGAUUCCUUCCGAUCACUAAAAUUCUCGGCGGUUGUUUUUUUUUUCCGGCGAUUUUUGUUCCCCGAGGGGAAAAAAAACAUUUGAUUCUUUCCGUUGGAUGAUUCUUCAGUAAUAAAAAGGUAAGAGGUCUCUCUCUCUCUCUUUCCCGCGCCGGACAUGGACUCCGUAUCGUCACGCGGCGUAGACGCCGUCGUAAAGAAUCUUAAACCGCCGUCGAUAGAGGUCUGGCAUUUCCAGAUUGCUGUCUAUUUCGCUUUCGGAUUCUUCUUCUUACGGCUCUUCCUCGAUAGAUUCGUCUUUCAAAGGAUAGCUGUGUGGCUUGUGAGUACUGGUUCUGCUCCGAUCAAACUGAAUGAUGCUGCUACACGGGCUAAGAUCGUUAAAUGCAAAGAGUCCUUGUGGAUUUUUUUGUAUUAUGCUGGCUGUGACCUUUUCGUUCUCAAAAUCCUUUAUCACGAGCCUUGGGCUAUAGAUAUCAAACUCUACUUCCACGGUUGGCCUAAUCAAGAUUUGAAGCUUUCAGUAAUGCUUUACUAUAUGUGCCAGUGCGGUUUCUAUGUGUAUGGUAUUGCCGCUUUGCUUGCAUGGGAGACCAGAAGAAAAGAUUUUGCUGUUAUGAUGUCUCACCAUAUUAUUACAAUCAUCUUGAUUAGCUACUCCUACUUAACCAGUUUUUUCCGGAUUGGAGCAAUCAUCCUAGCCCUUCAUGAUGCAAGUGACGUGUUUAUGCAAACUGCUAAAAUUUUCAAGUACUCUGAAAAAGAAUUUGGAGCAAGUGUCUUCUUUGCACUGUUUGCUAUCUCCUGGCUGUUGCUACGGUUGAUAUACUUCCCAUUUUGGAUCAUCUGGGCCACGAGCAUUGAACUCCUGGAUUAUUUGGAUAUGACAUCAGCUGAAGGCACUUUCAUGUACUAUUCUUUCAACACAAUGUUACUGAUGCUUCUUGUCUUCCACAUAUAUUGGUGGUAUCUCAUUUGUGCCAUGAUCGUAAGACUGCUUAAAAACAGAGGAAAAGUGGGAGAAGACAUUAGAUCCGAUUCAGAGGAUGAUGAUUAGGCUUGUUGCAAGCAUGACAGAUACGGAACAUGUUUCCACUUCUCCAACCAAACCAUUUUAGCUGCUGAAGAAUUUGUUCUCAGCUUCAUUACUUUACUAAUUAGAGUUGGAGGUAAAAGAAAAGGAGAAAGGUUAUAGUUUACUUUUGUUUUUCAGUUUUGUAUUGGUCUGAGUCCAAUUCGACAUUAGACUGCAGAUUCUCUUUGACAUAUAAGAAAAGAAAAAGAAAAAAAAAAACAGAAAAUUGGGGUUCUUGUGUUGUUCUAUGCUGUAUAAAAACUAUAUGGGAAGUCUUUUGUAAAUGCAAUUCCUCAUUGUAUGGUUUUCUACACACCAUAGCCUUUGUUAUAAAGCUCAUUGCUGA